GUACGUCACCAUGGAUACCACGUCACUAUAUAUACCGCUUUUGCUCAGAGUCUGAACUUGUGUUUGUAGAUCACCGAACCGUCCGUUUGCAAGGAGAAACCGUCGCCCUUCAUUUCCGCCAUUCUGGUCUAAUGGGAAAAGUCUUUGUAAAUGCGUUUUAAGAAUUCUUGCUUGAGAGAAGUACACACUGGCCCUGGCCUUGAGGCUUAUCUGAAAGGAUUUAACUUCACUGGUGAACCGCCUUGGCUUCUGGACUUCUUUUAGCAGUCCUAUAAUUCCAUCUCUUCCUGUGAUCCGUUUCUUUUGCAAUCAAAUCUUGAACUAAUACGAUGACCACACUGACUGGAGCAGACUUUGAAUUUACCUUCCUGGAGGAGGGCUUCUGUGCACGUGAUAUUGUGGAACAGAAUAUCAAUGAGUCAUCACUAUCUGAUGACAAAGAUGCCUUUUAUGUGGCCGACCUGGGUGACGUCCUGAAGAAGCACCUCCGGUGGGUGCGUGUUUUGCCCCGCGUCAUGCCGUUCUAUGCAGUAAAGUGCAACGACAGCAGGGCUGUCGUCACGACACUGGCAACUCUUGGAGCUGGAUUUGACUGCGCUAGCAAGACGGAGAUCCAGAUCGUGCAGUCUGUGGGCGUGGAAGCGAGUAGGAUCAUCUAUGCCAACCCCUGCAAGCAGGUGUCUCAGAUCAAAUAUGCCUCUGCUCAUGGAGUGCAGAUGAUGACAUUUGACAGUGAAGUGGAGCUCAUGAAGGUGGCACGAUGCCACGACAAUGCCAAACUGGUUCUCCGUAUCGCCACUGAUGACUCCAAGGCGGUGUGCAGAUUAAGCGUGAAGUUUGGAGCCACAUUAAAGAGUAGUCGGCUGUUGCUGGAGAGGGCGAAGGAGCUGGGACUGGAUGUGAUUGGAGUCAGUUUCCAUGUGGGCAGCGGAUGUACUGAUCCCGAGACAUACAGCCAGGCCAUCUCAGAUGCCCGCUGUGUGUUUGACAUGGGGGUGGAGCUGGGAUACAACAUGACGUUGCUUGAUAUUGGUGGAGGUUUUCCAGGCUCUGAUGAUACCAAACUGAAAUUUGAAGAGAUUGCUGCUGUAAUCAACCCUGCACUGGAUAAAUAUUUCCCUGCUGACUCUGGCGUGAGGGUCAUUGCUGAACCCGGCCGCUACUAUGUUGCGUCCGCAUACACUUUGGCAGUCAACAUCAUUGCCAAAAAGGUCAUCAUGAUGGAGCAGUCAGCCUCUGACGAAGAGGAGGAUAGGGCCAAUGACAGAACCCUAAUGUAUUAUGUGAAUGAUGGCGUCUAUGGUUCCUUCAACUGCAUUCUAUAUGAUCAUGCCCAUGUCUUGCCCAUUCUGCACAAGAAACCCAAGCCUGAUGAGCGUAUGUACCCAUGCAGUAUUUGGGGUCCAACCUGUGACGGUCUCGAUCGCAUUGUGGAGCAGUGCAGCCUUCCAGACAUGCAAGUGGGCGAAUGGCUGCUGUUCGAGAACAUGGGUGCCUACACCGUGGCCGCAUCCUCCACUUUCAAUGGCUUCCAGAAACCUGAUAUUCAUUACAUCAUGUCCCGAGCAGCCUGGAAAUGCAUGCAGCAGAUCUGUGCCCAGGGAUUACCCUCUCCAGAGGAGCAGUGCACUGGAAACAUGCCAUCCCACUGCAGCCAUGAGAGCAGCCUAGAUGUGCCAGCCAAACCCUGCCCAACUCAAGUGCUGUAACCAUACGACCACUGCUAGAGCCUGUUCAGUUCUCAUUCAGACAGCUGUUUGUCUUAUAUUUUUCACCAAAACCUUGAUGUCCACCGUAUGCAAAUAUGGGUUUUAUUUAAAACAAAAAGGCAAAACUGCUGUUUUUAAGUUGCAAACUCUCAGAUCUAUUAGACACACAUUAUGGCUUGCGGCGCUGUGACUUUUCCAAGUUCUUUUAUUUCCGUUUUGUUUUACUUUUUUGUUUAAAUAUUUGUUAUUUGAAGUCAGAUACUUGACUGGAGGAAAUAAGGGAGCUAAACAUUUAUGUCCACUUGCGUGGUUAAUGAAGAUCCAUUCCUGAACUGACUUCCUCUAACAUCUGAAUAGAAGUGACAUUUUUGGGAGAACACUUCCUGAAAUGGGUGCUGUCUCACUUAACAUGACAUACAGAUUUUCUCCUUAAUGACCAUUUCUGAUUGAUACUUGAGUAGUAACUUUAUUCUAAUAAUAUAGUUGACAAGAAAUAUGUAAGGCAUUAAAGCAUUUGCAAAUGGAUACAAAAGAGUUGGGAUUGCAUUCAUAUCGCUUUCCUAUGGAAACUUUUUUUAAGUUUUGUAUUUUUUUAUAUAAAUAAAAUGUAG